AUGCAGUCACACCGCGACCUUGUCGACGUGCUGCUUCUUCCCGACUGCAAUAUCUACGAGCGCUACCCAGAACUUCUCCAACGAGUCGACUACUUCCUACACAACUGGACCGAAGACCAACUAACCCGCACAGAGUCACUCUUACGAAAGCAAUCGCGCGGCCAACGCAACACAAGCUCGGAACUGCACAAUAGCCGCUUCAGCUACUAUAGCAAUAACGGGGACGACGAGGCAUUCACGCAUGCGCGGUCGUUGAACAUUGCUUGGCACAUUACUUUGGAGGAAGGACGGUCUCGGUUAAGGUUCAAUGACUGUGUUGAGCAGUGUAUGGUGGUGUUCAAGCACGAGAAGGAGUACUUGCCUACGGACUGCGAAGACGACGGUGAUGAGGAAGAGGAGGAAGUGGAGGCGGAGGCGGAGGCGGGUAUGAGGAUGCUCGCGCAGGCCGUUGGGCGGCCGUUUGUCGGUCGACAGUAUUCGGAUAGCGACGAGGAGGAGGAUCCGUUUGACGAUUAUAGUUUGGCGCUGUAUACGGCGCGCCAGAACAUCUCUGAACGCACAGUUGAUCGGUAUAUCGGUGGAAGCAACAGCAAUAAUACUGCGGUGGUUAAGGAGCAAGGAAUACAGCAGCAGGGUUCGCGUGGUGUUAGUGGAUACGUCCAGGGUUAUGUGCAGUCGGUGGCCGGCCAGGUGCGCAAAUUCGUCACUGAUGCGGUUUCAGUAUCGACUUUUGCCGCGGAUAAACCGCUUGUGGAGGAUACACCCGGGAACGGGAACCAAACACCAGUACAACGUAAUACACCGCCGCCUCCGCCAGUGGUUGCCGAUCCUUUCGCGUCGUCCAACAAGUACCAUCAGUUUGCAAAAAAGAAGAGUGACCAGGGCGUGUCGUUUGUCAAACCGUCGGUUGACACCAAAACCAACGCAUCACAUGUUCUGCGUGAUCCCUUUGCCACCAACGCCACCUCGUAUUCUUCGUCCACAUUGAUUGGGAGUGAGAAAGUGGCGUCGGUGGCUGGAAGGCAUGUGUUGGCCGAUAGUGUUCCUUUUGAUGACGACGAGGAUGCAAUUAUUCAGGAGUUUGAGCGCGAAAUCAGCUCCGGUCGCUUGUCCAAUACCACGGCGGCUGGUAAUGAGCUGAUGAUUGGUGGUGGUGAGGAUUCUGCCGGAUGGGGUGUAGAGUACGAUUAUGAGAGCGAGUAUCAGAUGUACGAUGAUGCGGAUUACGGAUGCAAACCUACCUUUUCUCUAUAUGGCACGGCAGCGUCGGCAGCAUCUGCAGCAGUAGCAGCGACAACAACGCCGAUAGUUGAUUAUGGAGUGAAUACAGGAACGAGUGUGAUAUCAACACAGCAGCAGCAGCAGCAACAACAACACUAUCAGCACCAGCAUAAUAGGGCGCGUAAUGAGUCUAUUAUUGAUCGUGCUGAGGAUACUAUUGUCAAUACUGUGGAUGCAGUCAAGUGGUGUGCGUCUUUUAUUUCUAAUUACACUAUUUUCUAA